AUGUCUUCUGAGUCUGACAGUAUCUCUGUCAAUUUCAGAGCUGAAAGUUCCCCGAUGCGCCCUGCUACACACGAAGUUUUGGUAGAUGGAUCAGAUAGCCCCUCACCCCAAAAGUCAUCACCAAACAAGUCUUCAAAAAAUAAGAACACCACACCGAAGAAACAGAAAAUAGCAGACAAAAUGACAAAAGUCCCGACUAUUGAAAAAAAUGAAGAUUCUUCUGAUGUCGAAUAUCCCGGUCAUGAGAAUAGACUCAGCUCAUCAGAAGUCAGCACUACGUAUAGAAAGACUCUUUCUAAAACAAAGACUGUCACCAAGGACGAAGAUGGUGGUGAUGAUAAUGAUGAUGACGACGAAGAAGAUGCCAAGGGAACGGUCACAAAGAAACCCGCUGUUGCUCCCAAAUCCAAGCCUUCUACAACCAAAAAUCUAAAUGCCAAAGUGAAGGAGGAAACCGAACCAUCAGAAGACGCAUCUCCAAAUGUAUCUGAUGCUGACACCAAAAAGGCUGCACCAGUUGCUAAGUCCAAAAAGAGACCUGCUGCUGCCAUUUCCACGGCCGCCGGAGCUCGCAAGAAAGCCAAGCUACCAGCAAAUGCCUACAAUCCCGAAUGUUAUGCCGAUUUGAACAGGGAAGACAAGUUAUUGUUUGAUCUCAAAUCCGAAAGUCCAGAGGCUUCAUGGAAGGAACUUGUUGUUCAGUUUAACCUGGAGAUACAGGGAAAUCCUGAGCUUAAAUCUGAUGCGCUUAGAAAAAGAUGGCCAAGAGUCAAGGCUGCAGCGACUGAAAUCAAACACGGUGAUAUUCAAAAGAUGUGCAUCUCCAAGCAAGACAUGGAAGUCCAACUCGAGAAUACGAGAGAUGAGCUGUUGGCAAAAUUUGAAAGAGAGAGAGAAGCUGUGUUGCGAAAAUUCAAGACUGAAAUGUGGACUGAAAUUGCUAAGAACGUUGGCCAAAACGGUGGUAACGAAUAUGAACCUGCUAUUCUGCAAAGAAAGUAUGAACUCUAUAAGCGUCAGGGUCGUAUCGAUGACAACGAUAGAUACUUGGCAUGGACUGAGGAGGAUGAAAAUAGCGUGGAAGCAGAAGCGCAGGAUGACGAGGAAGAAGAUGCCAAUGAAGAAGAAGACGACGACGAAAAAAACGAAGAUGAUGACGAAGAAGAAUCCGGCGCCCAAGAGGACGCAAAUGGUCAAGAUGAGAUCGAAGUCGACAUCAAAGGAGAAGACACCAACAUGUCUGAAGCCGAUGCUUGA